CUUAAAUACACCAGUCUGCACCAGCCUUGCUAAACUAGAAAAAUACGGUUCUCAAACAGCAGCCAAAGAUGACUCCAACUACUACUGUAUUUAUCACCGUAUGCGGUAUAAGCGUGGUAUCCAACAUCUUACUCAUUGGUUUUGUCUGCUCCUCACGAAGCUUGAGAAAGAUGACCAAACACGGUCUUCAAGUCAGCAUGGCAUUAGCAGAUUUGAUGUUGGGUUGUCUGCAUUUGGCGCAGUACAUCAGACGCCAAGAGCUAAGUCCUGGCCAGGAAUGUUAUCAAAGUAAGAGAUUGGAAAUCAUUGCUGAAUGUUUAGGCUACUUUGUUGUCGGCUGGACAGUAAUCACAUACAACUUGUUGAACCUACUUAAGAAAUAUCUGCAAACCGUGGCCCGGCAUUUAAACAGCUCUAUCUGGGCUGUCCCUAAUUGGAGAUGUCUAUCCCUCUGGCCUUGGUUGGUGGGUCUGUGCGUGUUUGUACCAGUGGUUCUCAGGUCAACAUCAGACGAUGAUCUCCCUCAUGUGGAUGAAGUGAUGUGUAUCGCCUAUUUGCCUGAGACGAUAGCUAUUGCGUUUUCCUGUGUCGCUCUUCACCUGCCUUGCUACCUGAGCUUGGCUCAGUUCGUGACCAUCCUUGCCUGUCAGUGCCGGAGAUGCCAUCGCGUUGAGCCCAAGCCUUUCGCUGAAGGCCAAAUCUACUCAGAGGUUGUCCUACAGGAAGAAAUGAAUAUUCUCGAACAUUCGGCGCCUGUUGUCACGUACAUCGUCUGCCUACUUCCUUUUCUGGUGUGUACGCUUGCUUGGUUUAUCAGCGGAUGGACGGGCCAGGUGUCAGUCUCGGUCACUGUCACAGUGUUCACCUUGUCCAGGUCGCUCUUGCAACCAUUCACCUGGUUGACUUGUGAGGAUUUGAGAGAUGAGAUUCUGCGAAUACUCCGGCUCUUGAGCGCCAUUGUUUCCAGACUUCCCAGGCAACGAGAUACCUCUACGAUAACAUCUGUAGAAUACAAUGCAAUGGUAGAAUCUCAGAUCCUCUCGGAGCUUUGAAGUCUAAGCUUUUAAAAAGACAACAGACAGAUAAACCAGCAGUUCUACACUUCAGCUUGUAAUACUGAACAAUAUGCUCGUGAAGCCGUAAAAACAAAAACUUUUCAUAUCUCUAUAGAGUAUGCAAACAAGCUUGGAUAAGUUUACUUUAAUAAAAAAAAACUUUUCGUGUUUUGAGAGUGAUAUUGUCAAUAGUGUGAAUUGCUCUUAAAAAUAAAAUAUUGACUCUGUAUAUCACGUGACCUAUUGCGAAAUAUAUCGAAAUAAAUUGGAGCAAAUCAUCUCAAGUAAAUCUUACUGUUUCCUAACUGUAGGCUACAUUGCCAGUCUGGUGGGUUG